CGGAACGGGUGUGUCGCGCUUGCUCUUCACUCGGGCCUUUUAAAGGGUGUCCUUUUCCUGUCGCGGCCUGCGCUAAGUCGGCUCGUGGAUCUCUGAGCCCCGAAGAUUGAGAGUUUCUUGGUGCCCAAGAAGUUGCGACCGGCGGCUCUGCGGUCGUCACCAUGCCACAAAAUGAAUAUAUUGAAUUACACCGUAAACGCUAUGGGUAUCGUUUGGAUUACCAUGAGAAAAAGAGAAAAAAGGAAAGUCGAGAGGCUCAUGAACGGUCGAAGAAGGCAAAGAAGAUGAUUGGUCUGAAGGCUAAGCUCUACCAUAAGCAGCGCCAUGCUGAGAAAAUACAAAUGAAAAAGACUAUCAAGAUGCAUGAAAAGAGAAACACCAAACAAAAGAAUGAUGAAAAGACUCCACAGGGAGCAGUACCUGCCUAUCUGCUGGACAGAGAAGGACAGUCCCGAGCCAAAGUACUUUCCAAUAUGAUUAAACAAAAACGAAAAGAGAAAGCGGGAAAAUGGGAAGUCCCUCUGCCCAAAGUUCGUGCCCAGGGAGAAACAGAAGUAUUAAAAGUUAUUCGAACAGGAAAGAGAAAGAAAAAGGCAUGGAAGAGGAUGGUUACUAAAGUCUGCUUUGUUGGAGAUGGCUUUACAAGAAAACCACCUAAAUAUGAAAGAUUCAUUAGGCCAAUGGGCCUACGGUUCAAGAAGGCCCAUGUAACACAUCCUGAACUGAAAGCUACCUUUUGCCUACCAAUACUUGGUGUAAAGAAGAAUCCCUCAUCCCCAUUAUAUACAACUUUGGGUGUUAUUACUAAAGGUACUGUCAUUGAGGUCAACGUGAGCGAGUUGGGCCUUGUGACACAAGGGGGCAAGGUUAUCUGGGGGAAAUAUGCCCAGGUUACCAACAAUCCUGAAAAUGAUGGAUGUAUAAAUGCGGUCUUACUGGUUUGAAAGCACUUUCAUACAAGUAACUUCUUAUUGAAGACCACAUACCAAUUGGGAAAACCACCAUUACUGUGAUGUUUCUGAAUGCCACCAAGUAGCCUUACGUAUCUGCAGUCAUCAAAAGAACUAUUUAUUAAAUUGUAUAAAACAUUAAAAUGGUCCAGUUUUACAAA